GGCAUGGUGGCCGCGUGUGGCGCACGUGCUCGCAUCGUGCAGGCCUAGGCCUUGUGGCUCGCGAUUCCGGUUACGAGGAGGAUGGAAGAUUGCAUCCGGGAAUUCGAAAUCGGAGAAGGAGAGGUUAGGCCCACGUUGCACAUCGUCCAGAAGACGAUCGGAGACGUCGGCUGCGUCGUGUGGGACGCGGCCCUCGUUCUCGCCAAAUACUUGGAAAGGCUGUGCUCCGAGGAAAAAGAUUUCCUCCGAGGGAAGAAAGUCUUGGAACUGGGAGCGGGCACUGGCCUCGUGGGCCUCGUCGCUGCCUAUUUCGGGGGAGAUGUGACACUGACAGAUCUGCCUGAGAUGUUUCCAUUGCUGGGGGAGAACGUGAGGAGGAACGCACUCAUUUGUGAGGGGAGAGCCACUUCGAAAGUCCUAAUCUGGGGCUGGGAUCUGGGGCAAUCCAAGAAUGAGAUACCAAGACCUGAUAUCAUCCUUGUGUCUGACUGCAUCUACUAUGCAGAAAGUGUGGAUCCCCUGAUUGAGACCUUGCUGGAAUUCAGUGAUUCGGAGACUCUGAUUCUCAUGAGUUACGAGACGAGGAUGGAGUUCGAGAAGCAUGCACAACUGGAAAGGGAUUUCUUCGACAAAAUGAAGAAGAGCUUCCAUGAAACUGAGAUUCCAAAGGAUGAACUCCAUCCUGAGUUCACCUCUGAUGACAUUCGUGUCCUUCGUUUCAAGAAGAGAUGAUGCAUCGCUCGAGCGUCCCAUGAAUACGGCACACGUGAUUAUGAUUGAUUUCCCAGUUCUUCAUUACAGUGGCAAUGAAGGAAUUUUAUGUUUUUGUUCUUGGUCUCUUUGAUCGAUGAUGCAUUUGGGAUCCCAGCCAGUCACCCAACCACCACAGACGAGAAUGAGACCUCGAAGGAGCUUCGCAAACUUGACAUCGUACAGCCAACCAGAACGAGCAGGAAUCAAAAUUUUUCGAGUGAAGGAACGUCAGAACAGCGAGGUAAAAAUGGUAUCGUCACCUUAUCAUCGACGCAAUUACGAAAUCAGUGUGUCACCGGAA